AUGUCUAUCAAAGGUUCAGUGUAUUCAGUACUGAUCGGCUUUGAGUUUCGCAUAGUAUAAAAUCCAGAAAAUCCAUGUUUCGGUUCCGACGAGAUCCGACGUGGGAUCCGAUCGGAUCCGAGACCGUCGGAAUCCAAUGCGAUUCCGUCACCAGGAUUUCAUCGGAUCCGGCGAAUUCCUGUAGGAUCCGAUAAAAUUCAGUAUUGGAUCCGAUGGGAUUCGAUGGGAUCCGGUGGGAUCCGAGUAUGGGAUUGUUCGACCUGGGCAUGCAUGCGAGCAUAUCCUACCCAACAAUUGCUUCAAGAAAAUGAUAUUAAAUUUUGGUGUAAUGAUAUUUGGCCGGAAAACUCACCUGACCUCAAUGUGGCAGAACAUAUCGGAUCAGUCAUCAGAGAUGAAGUGGAAACGAAAAUGUUAUCAGAAACAAGAGAUUCUCGCUACCUUGAAGAAACACUCAAGAUGUACCUCUCACAUGUUUGGCAGACAUGGAAACUAACACUGAUCUAUUCGGAACUCUUCUGUGUUCGUACCCAUCUCGCUUACGUGCAGUGA